GGAACCAGAAAGAGGCUCAUGACAAACGCGACACAGAUUUCAUAUUUCACUCUUUCUGCCUACUUUGACACAGGGCUGUUUAAAUACUUAUAUUUCAUGAUUGCUUUGUCUCUAUAUAUUUUGAUUGUUUUUGCCAAUGUUUUGCUCAUUGCAACUAUCUGUAUGAACAGAAGCUUACAUGAACCUAUGUACCUUUUUCUGUGCAGCCUGUUUGUAAAUGGAUUAUAUGGUAGUACAGGGUUGUUUCCAUCCCUUCUGGUUCAGAUUCUCUCUGACAUUCACACUGUUUCUGCUCCCUUUUGCUUCCUGCAGAUUUUCUGUGUGUACUCUUAUGGGAGUAUAGAAUUUUUAAACUUAGCCAUCAUGUCUUAUGACAGAUACCUUGCGAUCUGCUGUCCUCUACAAUACAAUACAUGUAUGCCUAUCAACAAAGUAGUCAUCCUUAUUGCUGUAAUAUGGUUAUCCCCAAUUCUUGUGAAUUUCUUUACACUUCCUUUGAUUGUUCCUUUACAGCGGUGUGGGAACAUUAUUAACAAAGUGUAUUGUGACAACCACUCUAUUGUAAAACUGGCCUGUUAUGACACCACGGUCAAUAACAUCUAUGGACUCUUUGUUAGUGCCCUUUCAGUCUUUGGUCCACUUAUUUUAAUCGUUUACACUUAUAUGAAGAUCUUUAAAGUUUGCUUUUCUGGUUCUAAACAGACGAGACAAAAAGCUGUCAGUACCUGCACUCCUCACCUUGCUUCCCUUCUGAACUUUUCUUUUGGGGCUUGCUUUGAAAUAUUACAGAGCAGGUUUAACAUGAACAAUGUACCCAAUAUGUUGCGGAUUUUUUUAUCGUUAUACUUUCUAACAUGCCCGCCACUCUUCAACCCUGUAAUGUAUGGCCUAAAUAUGUCUAAAAUACGUGUCGCAUGUAAAAAUCUGAUAUCAAAUUUACGCUAUUAG